GGGCGCUGGGGUAGGUUGUUCCCAAGGUGGGAGGCGGCACCGUGGCUGAGAAAGAGGCCUGAGAGCGACAUGUCCCCAGCAGCUGAGGCACAGCGGCCCGUGGCGCUGUUUUUCUGAGUCCGGGGCGGCCUGGCGGCCGGCUGAGAACUAGGCUCGGCGGAGGCUGCCCCCGCUGUGGUGGCCGCCAUGCUGGGCGCCCGGGCGGUUGAGGGAGCCGCUGUGGCGUUCCUGCGACUGCUGCUCCUCCUGCUGCUGCCGGCGCUCCGGGAGCCGGGGUUCGGCGUGGUUGGCUUGGCGGGGGCCGGGCUGCCCGAGAGCGUGAUUUGGGCCGUUAACGCGGGCGGGGAGGCGCAUGUGGACGUGCACGGGAUCCACUUCCGCAAGGACCCUCUGGAAGGCCGGGUGGGCCGAGCCUCUGACUAUGGCAUGAAACUGCCAAUCCUGCGUUCCAACCCUGAGGACCAGAUCCUGUAUCAGACGGAGAGGUACAAUGAGGAGACCUUUGGCUACGAGGUGCCCAUCAAGGAGGAGGGGGACUACGUGCUGGUGUUGAAAUUUGCCGAGGUCUACUUUGCGCAAUCCCAGCAGAAGGUAUUUGAUGUGCGAUUGAAUGGCCAUGUCGUGGUGAAGGACUUGGACAUCUUUGAUCGUGUGGGGCACAGUACAGCCCAUGAUGAAAUCAUCCCCAUGAGCAUCAGGAAAGGGAAGCUGAGCGUCCAGGGGGAGGUGUCCACCUUCACAGGGAAACUCUACAUUGAGUUUGUCAAGGGGUACUACGACAAUCCCAAAGUCUGUGCACUCUACAUCAUGGCUGGGACAGUGGACGAUGUACCAAAGCUGCAGCCUCAUCCAGGCCUGGAGAAGAAAGAGGAAGAGGAGGAAGAAGAAGAAUACGAUGAAGGGUCUAAUCUCAAAAGACAGACCAAUAAGAACCGGGUGCAGUCGGGCCCCCGCACGCCCAACCCCUAUGCCUCGGACAACAGCAGCCUCAUGUUCCCCAUCCUGGUGGCCUUUGGAGUCUUCAUCCCAACUCUCUUCUGCCUCUGCCGGUUGUGAGAACAAACUGCCAUCCUGAACAGGUGGAGGGGCGUGGUAAAGAAACCAAACGUGUUGGUUUGGGUUUCUGUAUUUUUCAGAGAUUAGCAAAAACAGACCAACGAAAACAAACACACACACACACACACACACACACACACACACAAUUCAGACUCACUCACUCUUUAUUUUUCACAGUGAUUAACAAAAACAGACCAACGAAAACACACACACACACACACACACAACUCAGACUCACUCUUAAAGGAGAUGAAAAGAGGCAUAGUGGGUAGAGAGCAGCCCUCAUCCACCACCUGGUCCCAGACCUGCUCCAGUCCUAGUUCUCUCUUUGUGGUGGCCCUGGGCCGUCUCUCCUCUCUAGGGUACGUUGGGUAAACUGGAUCCUACCUGGUCAAGGGCCCUCAUCCAUAUACCCAGUGGAAAGGACUCUGAACUCAGAGCAGACACGGUUCCUUUUUUAAUUAACAGCAGGGAAAUGUCAUCUUCUUAGUUGAGAAGGCCAGCGCUGGGAGUUGGGUAUGUUCUGGAGUUAUGUCCAGAUAAGUUUUCAGAUGUCCUGGGAUUGAAAGCGUGAGGGGGGUGUGUGUGUGUGUGUGUGUGUGUGCGUGUGUGUGCGUGCGUGUGCGUGCGCUUGCGUAGGUGUAUAAUUUUAUGAUAAAGAUGAAAACGGAGGGGGAUUAAAAAGAAAGAAAAGCAGAAGCUUCCCUACUUGGAAGCCUUUCUGGUUUUAGCCCAGUGAUAGUUCCACCUUAAGUGUUUGAGCUUUGUCAUUGCUUGUCUCCCUGACAUGUGCCAGUUAGAGGACUGUCUGGUAUCCAAGACAAUUAGUUGAUGUCAGGUCCUCAAGUUGCCUCUGACUUCUUAUCACAACAAGUCAUUUUGAUUUCAGUGCCUGUUGGGGACUUGAUUUCCUCUCUCUCUCUUUUUCUGAACCUGGCUCAUUUGAAAUCUCUUCUCUCUCAGCCAUUCUGCUAAGUUAUUGCCAAGAAGGGAAGGAGACAUGGGGAUUUGGGGUUCCCUCUGCUUGAAUGUCUUAUCCUCCACCCCCUCAACUUACUGGUACCUCCCUCCCUGGAUCUCUGAGCCAGCAGCCCGGAGGACCUGACCCAGCAGUUCUUUGACUGGCCCCUUUGUAGGGUCUCGCUGCCAGGGGACAGGGACGUUUUCCAGCCUGCAGCAACAGAACACUUGACCUUAAAAGUCUCUUCUGGUCUUUGGAUUAGAAAAGGCUUAUGUUAGCAUAACUUAAGAGCAACCUCAGAGACUUGAGCCCUACUAAGUGACUGACCACUGUUGAGAGUAACUAGUACCCGGCAUUCAUUUUGUCCCACGUCCUUCUGGUUCAGCCAGUUCUGGUUUAAGCCUAGAGCUGCCCCAAGGAACUAGACUGGUUGGGUUCUGGCCCAGUUGUUCCUCUCACUGACCUUAAGAGUGUGCCCCUCUGUCCUUUCAUUUCCCUGUCCAUCAUAGCUGGGGUCUUGGUGUGACGGGGCUGGAAGACUGCUGGUCAGCCACAGUCCUGGCAGCUCUGCGGCCGCUCCUUAGCAUCUAGGUGUCUGUCUCGAAUUCCCUGGGAAAAUUUCUGCAGGAAACGAAGCUUCCCUGUCCCCCUUCUUUCUGGUCCCCGUCAUCCUUUCCCCAGCUAGGGCAGCAGUGAGGGAGGACCCACCAAGCUACAAGGAAUUCUGUGUAUAGCAGGCCACAGGGUCAGCUCUGCUUGGCGGGAGCAGCAUAGACUCUUGGGCCAGGCCCAGCGUUUUAGAAUGUGUUGAGUUUUGAGUUUGGCUUUUUUGGACAUGUUUUUCAAGAGCUCCAUAUGUUCGACAACAUAAAUAGCCCUUGGGCCCACGUCCUGGGUUUUGGUUCUGAAUGAGUGACUCCAGGUCAGCCUUCAGUACUUUGAGAGUCGUAGCCCUUCGUUUUCGCUGUGACUUAGGCUUUGGGCAUGGAGGCAGCUGAACGGCUGUGGCCUGAGGCUGUGAUCAGCCAAAGCUCCUGGCAUUAAAGGAUGAUGGAGGUGGAUGUCUGGUCCUGGGGACCGCCUGCCUGGUGCAGUGGGCAUCUUGACUAGUGAGUGGGCUUCUGACAGGGGUUCCCACUUCCUAUUCCAUCCCAGUUCCCUGGAGUCGCAGGCCACUGCCAGUGGAUUAGACAGGAUGCAGAAGGAGGACUUGCCGCCUCCAUUUUGCCUUGUUCAUCAGUUUGCCCGGGUCUCUCUGAGGAAGACGGGCUCCCCACCUCCUCACCCCAACCCUCCCCCUCCGUGACUCAGAGUCUCAGAGGAAGCCCUGGCUCCUGGGGCCAUUUCCUAACGGUACUGUAAGCCAAGCAGCUUUGCUUCUGCCUCUGUUUCCAAGCCCACCCGUUUCCCCUGAGCUCAGGGAUAGGGAUGGGCACUUUCCUCUUUGGUUGUGCCUGAAAGGAAGGAACAUCUUUCUAUGGCUCACGAACACUAAAGGGGAAGUGAGGAAACAGGAAGAAGCAUGGUGGGGAGGGGUAGAGCCCCCUGGAGCCAAGCCCACCCACCCAGCUCACAGAGCUGCCCAGGGCUGGUUACAGUUGGCUUGUGAUGCUGAACUUGAAAGCUUUUUUUUUUUUUUUUUUUUUGGCUCUUUCAAGAUGAUAUAGGUACAUGAAGUUUAGGUUAGGUUAAAGGGGUGGGAUGGGGUCCUCUUUAUUUUUAUUUUUGUAUUGUGUGUGUCAAGAAUUCUCUGUUGUUCACCUUUUGCUUUUUGCACUGUUUGUCCCCACGUCUGUAUCUUGAGCUGGUGCUAGAAUGGAGAGGCCACGCCCUAAGGGAGCCUGACCAGGGCUGGGGAGGCGAUUAGUAAUGCCUGUUAGGGGUAGGGAAGGAGAGGCCUGGGCUCUUCUGGAUCCACACUCUGUCCUGGGUGUUCAGAUCCUCUGGAGCCCCUCUGGCCAAAACCAAGAGCAAACGGCCAAGGCUGAAACUCUUUUUGCCAGAAGUGUGGCUUGGGUUCAGUUUCCAGGAGGACCAGGGAAAGAUGUCUUCUGGAGAUGGGCUGAGAUUCUGCAGUGUAGCCCUGAUUUGGGUCAGACUUUGAGGGGGUGGGGGGCUCCAUUCCAGAAGAUGGAAACAUGCCAGGAAACAACCUGUGGGACCCAUGUCCCCCAAACCAGAUACAUUUUCCUGAAAAAAAUCUCCACUAUUGAGGAGAAGCUGCUCAGUGUUAACCUAGAGUUCUGGUGACUUGGAAGAUGGUUCUCUUCAAGCAUCAGUGGUCAACUCGCAGGAAAAGCACAGGGCCUGCAGGCCACUUGUUGGUGCGAGAGUGUGAUCUUAUGUUCUUGUUUCCACUGUUGGCCUAAGAGAUACUGGCCUGAAAUGGGGGAUCACAUUAGAGGUCACUUGGGCUUUGAAGAGAUGGGGUGAAGUUUGAGUUCAGUUUACCUCCCCCUUUCUGUGCCUGGGAACUGUUUAAUCCAGUUUUAGAAUUGUGAUUUGACUUCUUUUAUUUUUGGAGAAGCUUCUGUUUUAAGGAAUUUCUCUUCCUUCUUAUCCUGCCUCUACCCUCUCCUGGGAUGGCCUGGCCAUGGCUUCUAGAACUCAGUUGAACUUCAGAAAACAGCAGCAGUAUUUUCCCUUUCCUAGCACUUAAAUUCCUUUCCCUAGAAAUCCAGCUCACCUUGGGAAGCCCAGGGGGAAGAAUCAGCAGGUUCUCCACCCUCCCUGGGGUUUAGGGAAAGACCCACCCGGUCAGCACAGUGCCUUUUCCUCCCCUGCUCUGAGCCAGGGUGGGCGUUCCCUCUUGAUUCAGGUCUGGGCAGGGGGUCUUACAGUCUCUGCUGUGGGACUGCUUCCCCGUCCCUUCCUUCCCCUCCCCUUUGCUGGCCGGCUCUGACCUAAUUCAAGUGUCUUCUUGCCUCGAGGAGCCUUAAUGGCAUCAAGUGGCAAUACUGUCCUCCAUGCCUCUCCAAAAGGACCUGGGAGAGCAGGUGCGCUUUCCAGAGUGAGAGCCUAAUAGAUGCUCUUGUUUUUAAAAAACAAUGUGAGGAGGGUGGGUAAGCUUCGGGCCUCCUUCUGCCUCAGCCCUGGGGGAAGGAACCUAGGGCAAGGCUAAGGGAUGGUACGGAGGCAGAACUAGAAACACCCAGGGUUGGUUCAGAAAUCUUAGAAGAAAUCUGCUCCUCUUCUCUGUAAAGAUGUAAUUAGGGAUCAAAGAGCUCUAAGACAAUUGCAAAGAAGCCUUAAUGUUCAAGCUUCAGAGAGAUCAGAGUAAUUUUUCCCUUUCAGUCCGAGCUAGGACUCUUUCUGCAUUUAGACACCUUCUGGGGCAAGAGGGCUAGAUUGCCUCAUUUUGUUACAAGACUAGAUUGGCACCAGUGGGUCUGCUGCCCAGCAAGGGUGUGUUCUUCCCUGUAUGUGGGUAGCUUGCUGCCGAUCCGGUGUGUCCUUGCCCAGCUGCCUGUGGCUAGCUUGCUUCAGGUUGCCAAAUUAUUUUGAUAAGGGCAGAUGAUUUGGAGACUGGCUGUUGGCAGGAAGAGAGCAGAAUGGAUCUUUUGGGAUGGGUUCCCUGUCCCCCCGCCGCCACCCCCACUAACCCUCCAGGAGUAGAAAAACCAGGAGCCAGGAUUGUGGUGGCAGCCAGGGAAACCGUAGUGCCUGUUGGAGUUGGCAGAGAGGGCCCUGGCGCCUCUCGCAUCCAGGCAGGCUUGGGCGGUGGGGGCACACGGUACCAGGAACAGCAGAACUCCAUUCUCGCCUCUAUUUUGAGCUUCAGGGCUUCAUUUCAGUAUGAGGAAAAACAACAACAUUCUGAAGUGCGCUUUCCGUCCUUUUAGAGGACAACUGUCGGGAAAGGAGGGCUGGGUUGCCAGGUGGGAGGGGAGGGUUGGCAGGGAAAGGCCUUAUGGCAGAACCAGGAACGAGACAUUCUGGACUCCGCUCUUCCCUGGUGUGUCAUGAUCCAGGGAAUGAAAAGAAAUUUGACCCUGGACGCAUUCCCUCCUUGGAUUUCCCUUCCACCAAGUUCUCCCACGCUCGGACCAGCUGCUCAUUCAGAGCUGAGGGCAGCCUCUUGUGCAACCAUUACUGGCCUACCCUGGCUUGUCAGGAAGCCCACCACCCCGCCACUCUAGAAGGGGCCUGGCUUCUCUGUUCUGUACCAAGUACUGGAGAAUAGUGUCAGGUUCUUAGUCACCCCUGUAGCUCCUACUCUUGAUUCCCAUCUUCUCCUGGCAGAGGCCAAACCCACUCUCUGUCUGUAGCCACAAUAUGCAUUUGCAGCGACAUAGCGAGAUGUGAUUGAGGGGCUUUGAACCUGGCUGGCCCGGGCAAGCUGUGGGGGCGGACAGAGCUGUCUUUCCUUCCCGGCUGUUUCCAUCUGUCCCUAUCCCUUCCACGUCCCACCCCACUCCCACCAAAAAGUAAAAAAAAAAAAAAAAAAAUCAGGAUGUUUUUCACUGUCCAUUGCUUUGUGUUUUAAUAAACAAUUUGCAGUGACA